AUGCAUCUCUCCAAACUUUUCCACAUACCCCUCCAACACUUCUACCUGCAACUUUUCCGCCACUCCGAAGCCGAAGCUCUCCAAGUCAAAGUGCUCGAAGGCAAAAAGGCGAUCCUCGGUGACAAGCACCACGAAACAUUGAACGCCAUGGAAAGUCUGGGGUAUAGCUACCAACUCCUAGGUAAAUACAAGAAAGCCGAAGAGUUGCACCGCGUCGUUUAUAAAGAGCGAUCGGAGCAAAUGGGGCCUGACCAGCCACACACGCUCAUCUCCAUGGGCCACCUCGGGUCGACCUACUUUUGUCAAGGCAGAUAUAAAGAAGCGGAAGAGAUGCAGUUGAAGGUGUUGGAAGGAAGGAAAGCCAAGUUGGGAGCAGACCAUUCGUACACGCUCAUCGCCAUGGGACAUCUCGCCGUAACAUACUGCUCUCAAGGUCGAUACCCAGAGAGCGAAAAGCUCCAUGUACACGUGAUGGAUGCGCGCAUCAAAGAGCUGGGAGAGCGCCACGAGACGUCGUUAGCGGCUAUGGCACACGUUGCCAAUGUCUAUCGCAUGCAACGACGACUUCAAGAGGCCGAAGAUCUCCAACAACGUAUUCUCAAAGCCCGUCAACAACUCAAAAUCCAAGAAAGCGAUGGAGGCUCCAAUUUCGAGACGCUCAAGAACAAGAGGGACCUCGCGGCGACCUAUGCUACCAAAGGGUUCUAUAAAGAGGCGGAAAAGUUGCAGGUAGAAGUGUUGGAGGG